GGCACUGUUAGGUACUGAGCACGGUUUAGCACUCUUCACAUCACACACUCCAGAAGCAGUCAUCCCCUGCAAGCGCAACAGAGAACAUGGCAUCUAGCAUGUCCGUACGGAGUUUCUCUCUGGGUCGACAGCCCUCUUUCACCAGUUUGUCUCUGAGGGACAGCGGACGUGCCCGAUCCAAAGCUGCCGUCUCAUUCGCUGCCGCCAAGCCCCUGUCUCGAUCUUCCUCCAUGAGCAUGUCGGACCUGAACGGUCUGUCCAACCUGUCCCUCAACGGCCUGCACGGAAACAGCACCAAUGAGAAAGAGGCCAUGCAGAGCCUCAACAGCCGCCUGGCCAACUACCUGGACAAGGUUCGCACUCUCGAGAAGUCCAACGCUGACCUGGAGCUGAGAAUCAAGCAACUGAUGCUGGAACGUGUGCCCAAAGGUCACGACAUCGAUUCCAUGAUGGCCCAAGCCCACGCUCUAGAACAGGAAGUGAGAAAGAAAACUCUGGAGAACGCUCGCAUCAUGUUGGAGAUCGAUAACGCCAAGCUGGCUGCGGAUGAUUUCAGAAUCAAGUGGGAGACAGAGAAUGCCAUGUGUCAGUCCGUGGAGAGGGAUUGUGUGGCCCUAAAGAAAGCAAAGUCAGACCAUGACCAGAUCAUCGCCACACUCCGUGGAGACCUGGACAGCCUGAAAGAGGAACUCUACUUCCUGAAGAAGAACCACGAGGAGGAAAUAGACAGCCUAAGGGGACGAAUUGCUCAAGAGGAAGUCAAUGUAGAGGUGGAUGCGGCCCACGGACCUGAGCUGGGGACUGUUCUGGCUGAGCUUAGGUCUCAGUAUGAAGGCAUCGUCCAGAAGAACAAGGAGGAGACUGAGAACUGGUACCGUAAAAAGGUCGGUUUACUCAAGUUGGACAUGGUGCAGACACAGGUGCGAGAGAGUAACGAGGCUCUGAGAGGGGCUCAAAGUGAACUCACUGAGAGACAGCGCUUCCUGCAGACCCUCGAAGUGGAACUGGAGAGCCUGCACAAACAGGUGGCAGCUCUGGAGGGUAACCUGGGCGAGACAGGGCAGAAGUACACCCAGGAGAUGGAGCGACUGCAGGCGACCCUGGCCCAGCUGGAGGACAACCUGUCGCAGCUGCGCCUGGACAUGCAGCGUACCAAGACGGAUUACGAGCAGCUCCUGCGUAUCAAGCAGAACCUGGAAAUGGAGAUCGCCACCUACAGGAGACUGCUGGAGGGGGAGGAGAUGGUUAAAGAGAUUCCUCAACCACCCAAGAAGGAGCCUGACGUCCGCACCCGUAAGAUAGUGAAGGUGGUAACGCAAACCAUGAUCAAUGGUAAAGUGGUUGAUGAAUCCAGCGAAGUCGAACAGAUUGAAGAGACAAAGAAGUAAAACAAGAACACGACUGUCUGUGUGAUUCUCUGUAUAAAAGCCUCUAUUGUCCAUUUAGGAGCCACAUUACACUUGGCCCCAGAGGACCCCUGGAUAACACAGAGUUUUGUUUCAUUCCCAGUCUUUCAAAGAUAUUGUGUUUCCUUUCUCAAGCAUCAAGAGAGCUAAAAUUUCUAGGGAAAGCCAUCAGAUUUAGAGCAGAAAUUGAAGAAGAAACAAGUGCUCCUGUUAUUGCUUUUUAGCAAGUUCUUCUUGAAUGCAACAAAUAUUUCUGUUAGGUUGUUGAGUGUAUGGUGAGGAAAAUUGAAUUUACUUAUAAAUUUAUGUUUUUGAGAUAUUCAAUCUGUGAUUUCUGUAUCUCUUUAUCUUUAAUAAAACUGUUACA